CUAUCCAACACCAUGGCAAUACAUGGAACUAACAAUGGCGAUUUUGGUGAAGUGGCCUCAUCUGAUGAAUGCAUAUCCAACAGAAUUGGAUGCUAAGUGGGCAUGGAAAAAAAAAACUGAGAAAAUUUUUCCGUAAUACUAGGAAGCGGAAAUGUGGACAGCUUCCUGAAAUAAUCUUAAUGAAAAGCAAGUUUUCUAAGCAACCAAAAAAAGAUGCUGCUCAUGAAAUUGAAGGAGCUAUUAGAAGCAGCAAUGUCUGGGGUGUUAAAAACCACCUACCAGCUUGUGAUCCAGGAGAAGAUGAUAGAACCAUGGAGAUGCAUAGACGAACCCUUGUCAAGCAGUAUAAUGUGCAUCAUUAUAACAGAAAGAUGUCAGUAUUACAGGUUGCUAUGAAUAAAACAUUUUCAUGGCGGAGGAAAUUGAUUAUUGAAGAUGGGUGUGUAGCGGAAUUAUUUGAUAAGUUCCCCCUGUUAAAAGAACCUCGACAGAUUAUUGAUGAAUUCAAGCGUUUAACUGAGUUGGAUGUUGACCUCUGUUUUCAACAGCAUUUAUCUAAAAAUGCAGCAAAAAUCAUCAGAUUGCAACCUCCUAAGCUACAUAUUGAUCCUAAUUUGAUGGAGACAAUUAGUUGUGAAGCUACAUGUGAUGAGAAAUAUCAAAUGUCCAUGGUACUGCUGCCUCAUCUUUUGAGAGAAGAUGCAUCCAACUUGUUCCAAAAUUUUGGCAAAAAGACCUUUGUCCAAAUAUGUGCUACUGGUCAUGUUCCUACGUUAUCAGAUGUGUUUAGGACGGGUGCAACAUAUCGUGUCGUGAUCGAUGGUAAUGAGACGGAUGCGACUGACAGCCUCAUUAUGGCUUUCGAAGUAGUGUUCGCCCUACAUUACUUGUUUAACCUGGCUUAUCCUACAUGCUUAGAAGCCUUUUUCAGUUUUAUUCAGAAACAUAUUAUAAAAUUAAAGGAUGGUACAGCACCCAAUUCAAAAGCGCUGAAGCUAAUUUCUAAGUUAAACGAAAUAUAAUGUUUUUUGGUUUUUAUCUUUCACCUUAACUCUGUUUAUGCAAAAACGAAUCACACUUGCUCUAUUACGCGUGGUUGUCAUUAAUUUCGUUCAGUUUGAAAUUCUGAUCAAACAUCAUUUGAGAUUUUCUUAAAACUGUCC